UUUGCCGCGUCAUAAAAUAAUACCAGCCGUAUGUUCUACGAUGCGAGAAGGGGGGGUUUGCGUCUGCCCAUGCCUGGGCGGUGAGGUGAUGUGGUGCGGCGGCAUGGAAUGGAAUGGCUGCGGUGGAUGAGCUCAUACGAAAACGAAAAGAAACAAGUUUAGCUUUUUGAAAUGAUGAUGGCUGGCUGGACGGUGGGGCAGCUUCAUUCGAACGUGAAUCGCGAACGACGCCGGAUGAACGACAGCGGACGCCCACGAACGACAACGGCCCAACGAUACAGAUACGAAAAGCGUGUGACAAAGCCCGCAUAAGUGUGUCCAUUUCUCUCUCUGUGUGUGUGUGUGUGUGCGUAGAAUUUUACUAGCAGCAGCAGCAGCAGCAGCAGCAGCGUUUUUCUUUGCCAGUGCUACUAAUUGGUGGGUUUUAAUGUUACGUGGCCAUAACGCGGCAUUAAUCUGGAUUAAUUAACAAUCGGCCUGCACUGACAACAGCUGAGCUGGAGAAAACGUAGGCAUCUCUCUCGCACACACUUUUAGUUUUUCGUUUGUUUUUUGGCAAUGCUGCUUGUAAGCAAUCGAUAGAAGAAGAAUCUAAAUUCAAAACAAAACAGAACAAAUUCAAAGUGCAAAAAAGAAGGGAAACUCUCUCUCGCGGCAACAACAAAAAUCAAUAAUUGGCCCCGUGCCCGUGUGUUUGUGUGUCACUGUGUGUCAGUGUGUGUGUGUGUGUCCCUCUCUGUGAGUUGAGUGUGUAUUGUGGCUGCCUGGAGAACUGGAGCAAUGCCUUAUUGAUCAGCCCCCUGGAACAGAACAUUCAAGUGCAACCGAAAGAAAGUGUAUCCCAAUCGAGAAUCCCAACCAUGCAGUCGCCCCAGCCAGCGCAUCCGAGCGGCAGUGGCAGUCAUACGCCCGUCAAUCCCACGUCCAGCCUCUCCUCCGUAACAGGCACAGCAGCUGGCAGCACCAGUACGCCCAUCAGGAUCAACAGCGCGAAGCACUCUGGCGGCGGCGACUCCUUGCUGCCAUCGCUGGGCCUGGCUGGCGGCAGUGGGACGGGUGCAUCCACCUCCUCCCACUCGAUGCCAGGCACCCCGCAGCAGUCCAGUAGUGUCCCGACGGGCAGCCAUCUGCAGCUGCAGACUCCGAGCGCCACUGGCGGCGCCGUGACGCCAUCCGGCCUCUCGAUGGGGGCCUCGAAUCAAUCGCUGGGCGUGAGCGUCGGUGCGGCCAGCAGUGUCGGCGGCAUCAGCAUUACGCCACCGAACAGUGCUGGUCUCCGUCAGUCGACAGUAUUCGAUUUCAAAUUCAAACGGCGACCUUCGCUGAAAGUGCUCUUAACGAAACUGCCAUCCAACGACAGUUUGAGCAACAGUCCGGCGCCAUCAUCGCCAGGAAUCGCCAAUUGGGCCUCAGAUAAUCGGGACGGCAAUGUGGCAGAUAAGUCCGCUGCCGAUGCCGCCAAACUCAAUCGAAAGGAGUCCUACAAGGCCCAGCGGAAGAACUACCGCAAAGAGAAGAAACGCGUGGCCAGCGAGCUGAUGAAUUCCCUGCAGGAUCCAGCCGUGAUUGUGCUGGCCGACUGGCUGAAGGUCCGCGGCACCCUCAAGUCCUGGACGAAGCUGUGGUGCGUGCUCAAGCCGGGACUGCUGUUGAUCUACAAGAGCCAGAAGACCAAGAGCAGUCACUGGGUGGGCACCGUGAUGCUGACCGCGUGCCAGGUGAUCGAGCGGCCCAGCAAGAAGGAUGGCUUCUGCUUCAAGCUCUUCCAUCCCAUGGAGCAGUCCAUCUGGGCGCCUCGCGGACCCGACAAGGAGACAAUCGGCGCCGUUGUCCAGCCAUUACCAACCGCCUACCUGAUCUUUCGAGCGCCCAGCCAGGCGGCUGGUAAAUGCUGGAUGGAUGCCCUGGAACUGUCGCUGCGCUGCUCGGCUCUGUUGCUGCGCACCAACAGCAGCACAGCGCCGUCCAACACCUCCUACGUGGGGGAACCGCUGCUGCCCGUCUCCCACGAGACACAGUGGUCGGAGGCGGACUACGAGAAGCACUUCAACGACCACGGUAAGUGGGGUCAGUUCCUGGCUGUGCCGCCCGACAUGGAGUCCUCGCGCUCCGACACCAGCCUGCCCUCGCGGGCCCAGACUCCACUGCUGCAGCAGCUCUACAGCAGCGCCGUCAGCAACUGGGAGCGCACCAAGCGGCUGCCACACUUUCGGCAUCAUUCGGAGCAACGAAAGAGCUCCUGCAGCGAUGCCUCCAGCUGCGACUACGCCUUGGGUACCCAGCGCAAGCGUCGCCUCCUGAGCCCCGUCAGCAAGUCCCUGUCCCUGGGCGGAACAGGGGCCCUGGGCGGCAGCAGCUCCAGCGAAGAGAACGAGGAUGACUAUGGUGACACGAGCGCUGGCAGCCUGGCCCCGGCCCCGGGCCCUGAUCCGCGGCCUGUGAGCGCUCCGCCCGAGUGCCCGUUGCAGCCACGGUUCCGCCUCAACGUGAAGGAUCUGGACGCGGACAGUCAGAAUGAAGCGCCCAACGCCGCCAUGUCGGGCCUGGAGUCAGAAUCGGAGUCGGAUGCGGGCGAGGCCGUACAAGAUGAUACCCUAGAACCAGCCGACUGCGUGGAGACCACCUAUGUGCCCUUCACCGAAGAGGAGUUUGGGGAGCAAGGGGAGCAGGUGGAGGAGUUGGCCGAAGAGAACAAGAGCCUCAUCUGGUGCAUUGUGAAGCAGGUGCGUCCUGGCAUGGAUCUGAGCAAGGUGGUGCUGCCCACGUUCAUCCUGGAGCCACGUUCGUUUCUCGACAAGCUCUCGGACUCGUAUUACCACGCAGAUUUGCUCUCCAAGGCCGUGCAGGAGGAUGAUGCAUUCACGCGCAUGAAGAUCAUCGUGCAAUGGUACAUGUCCAGCUUCUACAAGAAACCCAAGGGCCUGAAGAAGCCCUACAAUCCGAUAUUGGGCGAGACGUUCCGCUGCUAUUGGCAGCAUCCCAGCGGCAGUCGGACAUUCUAUAUUGCCGAGCAGGUCUCGCAUCACCCGCCCGUGUCGGCCUUCUACGUGACGAAUCGCGAGGAUGGCUUCAGCAUCACCUGCUCCAUCUUGGCGAAAUCGAAGUUCUACGGCAAUAGCACCUCCGCCGUCCUUGAGGGGGCGGCCACGAUGACGCUAUUGCCGCGCGGUGAAUGCUACACGGCGACCACGCCCUACGCCCACUGCAAAGGCAUUCUGAUGGGCACGCUGUCCAUGGAGCUGGGCGGCAAGAUAAACAUCGAGUGCGAGAACACCGGUUACAGGACGGAGUUAGAGUUCAAGCUGAAGCCAUUCCUCGGCGGCUCAGAGUCCACCAAUGUGGUUGUGGGUAAAAUCAAGCUGGGCAAGGAGACGCUGGCCACCAUCAAUGGACACUGGGACAGGGAGUGCCGCAUCAAGGACGCCAAGACGGGCGAGGAAACCCUUCUGUUCAAGGUGGAUGCCGAUCUGCGCGCUAAGCGGCUCCCUCGAUACCUGGUCCCCGUCGAGGCGCAGGAGCCGCACGAGUCGCAGCGCCUGUGGGAACGCGUCUCUGAAUCCAUUGCACGCGAGGAUCAGGUGGCUGCCACCGAAGAGAAGACCGUACUGGAGGAGAAGCAGAGGGCCGCCGCCAAGGAGCGUUCGAGCAUCGAGGCCCCAUACGUGCCCAAUCUCUUCGAGCUGGAUAGCUACGGCCAGUGGAUAUACAAGUACGCCGACCUUCGGCCCUGGGACGUCCGGAACGAUGUGCGGCAGUACGAGUGCCAGUACAAGGUGCUGACCCAGACGCGCCACAAGUCGGUUCCCAUCGUCCACGGGGCCGAACUCAUGCAUCCCCUGCGGAGCUCCAUCGAACCGGUGGCCCGCUCGCACAGACAAUCGGGGGCUGCCUCCUCGAAGGCGCCCAAGGCCAAGAACAAGAGCCUGGUUCUGGCGCCGCGAGACACCAACUCGGACUCCAGCCAGUCCCCCCAGGGCGUGGUCAAGCGGAGCUCCUCCAGCUCGAUUAGGCAAAUUAACGCGGCCCUCGAUCAGGUUAACCGGGUGCUGGAGGAGCACUCGAAGCAGCUGAACGACAUAAGUCGGCGACUAGAGCGAAUGCAGUAUGCUCCCCCGGCGCACCUGAGACAUGGCGCACAGAACAUGCUGGGCGGCGGUGUGGCCCUGUCGACGGUGAUCAAGUCGCUGAUCUAUGCUCUCAUUGGGCUGACCUUUAGCCUGAUCCUGCGCUGGCUGUUCAAGUAAAUGCGGACGGGCAGGAGAGGGCAGGGCAGUUGCGGGCGCAAUUUGUUUAGACUUAAGAAUACAUUUUGGUCAACCUUUAGAUAACUUAUAAUACACCCUAUAAAGAAAGAUUCUGACUGUA